AUGAAGUUGGUCUUCCUUUGCAUUCUUUCAACCCUGCUUGGUACUUUUGCCUAUAAUCCAGACCACAUAGCUGGCACCACUCCCCCCUACUUGGUCUACCUGAAGUCUGAUUAUUUGCCCUGCACUGGAGUCCUGAUCCAUCCUUUUUGGGUGAUCACAUCUGCACACUGCAAUUUACCGAACCUUCGGGUGAUUCUUGGAAUAACAAAUCCAUCAGAUUCCAUGGAAAGGGAUGUGGAGGUGUCUGACUAUGAGAAAAUGUUCCAUCAUCCAUACUUCUCAGUCUCUUCUAUUUCAUAUGACCUCAUGUUAAUCAAACUGAAAAGAAGGAUUAAGCACAGUAACUAUGCAAAAGCGGUCAAACUGCCUCAACACAUUGUGCCUGUGAAUGCCAUGUGCUCUGUGUCUACAUGGGCCUACAAUCUAUGUGACAUCACCAAGGACCCUGACUCACUGCAGACUGUGAAUGUCACUGUAAUCUCCAAGGCUGAGUGCCAAAAUGCCUACAAAGUCUUUGACAUCACAGAAAACAUGAUCUGUGUGGGCAUCGUGCCAGGGCGGAGGCUGCCCUGCAAGGAAGUAAUGGCUGCCCCAGCCGUCUGCAACGGGGUACUCUAUGGAAUCUUGUCUUAUGCCGAUGGCUGUGUUCUGAGAGCUGAUGUCGGCAUCUAUGCUAGCAUCUUUCACUACAUGCCCUGGAUUGAAGAUACCAUGAAAAAUAACUGA